AUGGGCCGCCAUGCUCCAAGCAGUGGCCCGAGUCCCUGCAGCCUGUUCAGGGCCUGUGCUGGGCUCUCUGCACCGCUAAGCAGCAGUGGAAUAGACCAAAAUGACACCCUGGCCAAUCGGGUAGGGCUGGGAGGGGAGGAGAAUGGUGGCGAGGAGCUGAGGCUAUCUCCUUCCUUCCACUUCUACUGCAAGAUCGGCUUGGCCUUCGCCUGGCAUCUGGUCCAGGGCGGGGCCCACGUGGUGGUCAGCAGCCAGAAGCAGGAGAGCAUGGACUGGACGGUGGCGGUACUGCAGGGGGAUGGGCAGAGCGUGACGGGCAUCAUCACCGUGUGCCACGUGGGGAAGGCUGAGGACCAGGAGCGGCUGGUGGCCAUGGUGAAGGCUCUCGAGUCCUGUGGGGGCAUCAGCUUCCUGGUGGGCAGUGCUGCGGUCAGCCCCCAGGAGGGGAGCUCCCUGGGGACCAGUGAGCAGGUGGGGGACAAGAGGACCGUGGGGACUCUGUCCUUCCUGUGCCCUCCAGUUGCCAUCUACAGCACUGGGGAGAACAUGGUGGUGGCUGGCUGA